ACUCAUUAAUUAGUGACUACUCGAUAAUGGGAAUUCCACGAGCCUCCAGUUACCCAUACUCUUCAUUUCUGUCUCUCUGUCUCAACGCAGACAAAAAGAGCAGCUAAUCUACCACUAGUUUAAAAAUUAAGAACCAACUAUAAAGAUAAGGAAACCUCACUCAUACUAUCUUUGCAUUGCUUUUCAUCUUUCACAUUUAUCUUCAACUGUAAUUUGAAAACCAAGAAUAAGAAAAAGAAAAAUGCAGAUCUCCAAAGCAUCUGCCUGUAGAAACUCAGAAAGUGAAUCCGAAAACGUUAUGCGAUUUGACAAGUCUCUUCAAGAGCUUAGAGACUUGCGUUCUCAGCUGCAUUAUGCAGCAGACUACUGCGAAGCAACAUUCUUGAAUUCCAAAGAGAAGAAAAUGGUUUUGGAAAACACAAAAGAGUACUUAUGCCUAUCUGUAAUUGCUGUUGUUGACCAUUUGGGAUGCGUUGCUGCUAAUUUAAACCAAAUUAUUGACAAGAAAAAUGAAUUUUCUGAGGCUGAAAUUAGAAUUGAUAGCCUAAAGCAAAGACUUCUUUCAUGCGAACAAUUUUCUAACAAGAUAGCUCUAACAAGAGUAAGAUGGAAUGCAAAUUUGCCAAAAUUUCACCGCCGCUACUUAUCAGCACCAAUCAUAAAUGUUGAGAUUGACAAGUUAAACGAAGAUCAUGUAAGGAAUCCCAGUUCUCCAGCUUGUCCAAAAAUCAUAAAUAAACAUGGGUUUGAAGCAGAGGAUUUGCCACUUUUCUUGUACACAUACACUCCAAAACCAUCUUUGGCAAGGCAUUCAUCGACCAGAUCUUCUGUAGGGAAAGAGGACUCUAAUGAUUUAGUACUGCCUGUUCGUGAUGGCAUCUCAAUACUAUCUAAAACUGCAAAUCCCACUUUUCAUUUUCAGCUAGAUGUUUUGUUGCAGCAAACUCCGCCCAAGCGUGGACGUUACAGCUUGUUCAGGAAAUCAGUGCACAAUAAUGAAAUUGCAUCAAUCUUUCGGCGAGUUAGACGAACAACAUGAAUAGCUUUGAAAAUUCAUGUAUUUUACUCAUUGAUUGAAUGAAUGUUCUUUUGGAUUAUGAUGUAUCGGUGUGAUUUAUUUAUAAAAAUAGCUUGUAUACUACAUGUUUCUCAAACUAAAUUGCAUUUGAUAUUUUUUACA